GCUAAAAAAUUAAACAAUUGAGGUCCUCCUUAUGAGACUGAUCCUUAGACAAGUGUAACUUUUGAUGUAUGCUCAGUAAAGCUCCACACUAUGCCAGCAGCUACUGUAGACCAUAGCCAAAGAAUCUGUGAAGUUUGGGCUUGUAACUUGGAUGAAGAGAUGAAGAAAAUUCGUCAAGUUAUACGGAAGUAUAACUAUGUAGCUAUGGACACGGAAUUUCCAGGAGUGGUUGCAAGGCCUAUUGGAGAAUUCAGAAGCAAUGCAGACUAUCAAUACCAGCUACUACGCUGUAACGUUGACUUGUUGAAAAUAAUUCAGCUAGGACUGACAUUUAUGAAUGAGCAAGGAGAAUACCCUCCAGGGACUUCAACUUGGCAAUUUAAUUUUAAAUUUAACUUAACAGAAGAUAUGUAUGCUCAGGACUCUAUUGAACUGUUGACAACCUCUGGUAUCCAGUUUAAAAAGCAUGAAGAAGAAGGAAUUGAGACACAGUACUUUGCAGAACUGCUCAUGACAUCAGGAGUUGUCUUGUGUGAAGGAGUCAAGUGGCUUUCCUUUCAUAGUGGAUAUGACUUCGGCUACCUAAUCAAAAUCCUGACAAAUUCCAAUUUACCUGAAGAAGAGCUGGACUUCUUUGAGAUACUGCGAUUGUUUUUCCCUGUCAUCUAUGAUGUAAAAUAUCUCAUGAAGAGUUGCAAAAACCUGAAGGGUGGAUUACAAGAAGUAGCUGAGCAGUUAGAGCUGGAAAGGAUAGGACCACAGCAUCAGGCAGGAUCUGAUUCUUUACUCACAGGAAUGGCCUUUUUCAAAAUGAGAGAAAUGUUCUUUGAAGAUCACAUUGACGAUGCCAAAUAUUGCGGCCACUUAUACGGCCUUGGGUCGGGGUCAUCUUAUGUGCAGAAUGGCACAGGAAAUGCUUAUGAAGAAGAAGCCAACAAACAGUCAUGACAUGAAGUGAAAGGCCAUCUUUUUGACCUCCACAUUGCUUGUACAUAGGUUUUAUCUCUGGUUGAGCCCCUUGGACAAUAAGGCUUUUCCCACCCUCUCCUUCCUCAGCACACUUUCUUUUUUGUCUUUCUGUGUACUAAACUUGACUGUUCCUAUCACAGAUUUUGAUCUUAAUAUUGAUAUGUGACACUUUCUGGGUUACAUUUUGGCCUCAUAACUAGCCCCUUUGCAAAGAAGCAUGUAUAGGAUCAGUGUGGCAGAGAAAAGGGGAAAGUUAAAUCGUAAUGAAUAGUCUGGUGAACUGACAUCAUUCUAGUUUUUUUUCUUUCCCCUGCUUCCUCCAAAUUAACUGGGUCUGAUUGUAACUAACUUCCCCACUCAUGUCUGUUCCUUCCAGUAUGCAGGCGUUUUAGCUAUUCAAGAUUGUGGACCAUCAAAUUUGCACUUUAGAGAGCAACUCUGACUCAGAUCCUCUGUUUUAUUUGAAGUUUGUUUUGGUUUUUUCUUUUGCCCUCAGCUAGAAAACAAUCAUCAGCCAAGUUCAGCAGCUUCAAGCUGUAUUUUCUUGGUAUCUCAGUCCACAGAAUGUGAGUCAUUUGCUGCAUAACCUGUUUGUUCAAGCAAAACAAACUACUGAAAUCAUAGUGACUGCUGAUAUUUUACUAGUGUUCAGUCAUCUUCAAACAUGUCCUGCACAAGUCAAUUGCUGGUUGGCCUGUUGCUUUAAAACUGCUCUGUGGUGGGGGAAGGAGGCUUGAAAAAACAGCUUUACACCCUUCAGGAUGAGAACAACUAUGACUUUAGCCUUUUUGCCAUUAAGCUGAGAGUUGAAAGCUAUUGGAAAAGUAGGAGGCUUAUAAUGGCACACUUCCCUUGAUUAAUUUCCUAGUUUUUAUUCUAGUAAUGUACACCUCAGAUAUAUUUUUAUGAAGUCAUAUUUAUUAUGCACUUGAUUUCAUGAUUUUUGUAAGUCAGUUUAUUUGAAGAUAAAACCCAAAGAUCUAACAAAAUACUAUUUAAUUGACUUACUGAAUUAGGAGGACAAUUAAAUCGUGCUUUUUUGUAAUUGCUGCAAAGACAGAUGUUGCAGAUACUUGUUGUAAAACAACAAAGUAUAAAUAACUUAUAGCUAAUAAAGUUACCUGAGGAGUGUAAUGCUAGUUUAUUUUUUAGUAUAUCUCACAGCAUAUUUUAGAUGUAUUGUUUUAAAGGACCCUAAAGUAUGUUCUUAACUCUGCAUAGCAUAUAUUCAGAGCAGUUGUGUAGGAAGGAGUUUUGGUGUUGAAUAGCUAAACACUAGCCUGAAUUGAUGGAAUGUGAGACAUUAUGUGUCUGUGCACGUGCAUACAAAUGUGUGUGUUCGACACAGAAAUCAAUGGUAAAAAAAAGUCUAAAUGUUCACCAAAUUAUUCAGAUUUGCCUUGUACUUAAAAAAAAAAACAAAAAAAACCCACAAAUCAAACACCUUUUUCUCACUGAGUUAUGAUGUAACUGGGUGGUCCUUUUUAAACAAGUAAUUUGCAUAACAGAGGGUAUCUGUUUUUAAAGCUUUUGUAAAUAAAGGCCUAAGAAAUGUUUUCUUACAUAACAA